GUCGGUGUGCACACAGGGCCGCUGGGUUCCAUCGUCCUGCCGAGCGGGCGGGAGGGGUACUUCGGGGACGCCCUGAGCACCGCCCGGUACCUGGCGGAGUCCGCGCCGAGGGACGCGGUCGUCCACUUGUCGAAGGCCACCAAGGAGCAGCUCUGCGUGCUGGAGAGGCCUGUGGUGUGGGUGCGUCCCCGUCGAUGGGCCCCGCCGCCCCCCCCUCCCGAGGUGGCAGUGGCCAACGACAUGAAGCGGGGGGGAUGGCGAGGGGGGCAAGCUAGGUGCUCCCGCGCCACAUCUGACAAUCCACCCCUCCAGCCCAUCCCCUCCCAUUGCUUGCACCUCUCUGCUGGCCGAGUCGGGUGUCGCAUCGGGCCUGCAUCCCUUGAUGGCACUUGCAGGGAUCAGCACCUUGUCGUCUAAAG